UUCUUCUUACAGUUUAUGACAAAGUGACGAUUAUUGUUGUAAGAAAUUGUAGCAACUAUCUUUAUAUAAUAUUAUAGAAUGUUUAACAUGAAACAAUGCCUGAUAGCCUCAGUUAGGAUUCACAAGAGAUUGUUAACCCGAUUAAUCCACGUGGAUAUUUUGUCGCCUGGACUUUAUUUUUCGAAUAUAAAUGCUCUAUGUUCGAAUAAUGCAGUUUACAAACGAUUUUAUUGUCAUGAUACGAUCGAUGAGAAAAAUGUAACGAGCGCCGAACUGAAAUAUCAUAAGCAAAAGUUGGAUAAGCAGAAACUAGAAAAAUAUCUGAAUAAUCCCGAGAAUCAUAAGCGUUUUCAAAUAUUAGAAUUAGAAGUAGAUGUUUUGCGACACACUGCUGAAAGAGUGCCUCAGAAUAUUGAACCAGGAGAAUGGUUGUGUCUACUGAAUAUAAGGGUGAAAGCAAAAAGAAAAAAAUAUCUUAUGUUUUUGUGGCGUAAUGAGAAAAAAUUAGAACAUGAGAAGGAGAAGAAAGAGUUCAAGAAAGCUGAAUGGCUCGCUAAAAAGCAAGAAUUGACCGAGGACACUGGUGAAUUGAAAUAUGGCCUCUUGAAUAAUUCGCUAUUCUUGCGUAUAUAUGACACAACUAUAAACCAUUAUUACAAUGGUAGAUUGAUUUAUAAUAUGAUGUUUGAACCAAAGCUGGUGUUUGAUUGUGGUUAUGAGAAGUAUAUGACUAAACGUGAGCUACACAAUUGCAGCAAGCAAUUAUCUUUGUCAUUUGCCUAUAAUCGCAUCCAUGUCAAUCCUCUGACUCUUUAUUUCUGUAAUUUUAACAAAAACGGAUUAAUCAAGCAACAUCUUCAUCAAAACAUACCUACUUUGAUGCAAGAUGAUUUUCCUCUCAUAAUGACAUCGCAAUCUUAUUUAGAUAUAUUUCCAAAAAAUCAGUUAGUGUAUCUCACUCCACAUUGUAGAACAAGUUUAACUAAAUAUGAUCCAAAUAUGAUUUAUAUCAUAGGUGCAUUGGUAGACAAGGGAAAUUCAAGACCAUUAUCUUUGGCAAAAGCUAAAAAAGAAGGUAUUCAAAUGGCUAAAUUUCCUAUAGACGAAUAUCUCUCUUGGGGCGUUAGCUCGUCAAAGAGUCUUACACUCAACCAGUCGAUUAAGAUAAUGCUGGAUUUGAGACACACGGGAGAUUGGAAAGAGGCAUUAAAGAACGUGCCAGUUAGAAAAUUAAGACCUGCCAGAGAACGUAAGCUACAAAACAAAAUGGAGAACUCUAUAUUUUCAAAACAGAUUCCGGACUCCAACAUUCAAAAUUUUACAUUUCAAAGCAGGAAAACAAAUUAA